AUGAGAAAAAAAGAGCACCGCGUGCACUCCCGUGCCUUUUCUGCACUAGCCAAGUUUGCGGAGGCUUCUGGGCUGGACCCGCCUGCAUACGAUUACAGCUUUCUCUCAGAAGUGCCCUGCGCGCAAUCAGAUCGGAAAAGCCUUGUUUCAGCCAUGAAAGAGCUUGAAGGCCUCAAACUACCAUACAGAGUGGUGCAGGACUGCAUACUAUAUGUGGCCUCUGGGAGAAAAAGAGAGAUAAGCCGCCUGUGCAAAAGGUCCUCUACCGGCGCCCUUUUUGUGUGCAGAGGGCUUCUCAGCGCCCCUGUGCCUGCCUGGCACGCCUCGCUCAUACAUCUUUUCCGGUGCGCUCUUUCGUGCAUGGAGGACAAGCCCUGUGCGGUGGAGGCAGCUGUCACUGCCUCAGUGUCCAUUGAGGAGGCGCUGGGCACGCCAAUACAUGCACAGGCAGAGGCAUGCAUUGCACGCCAGUGCUCAGCCUCCACCAUUAUUGCAGCCAUAACAAGCCUUAUCGCGCGCCCAAAAAGCACAAAAUAUCUGGCAGGCCUGGUUUGUCUAGUGUAUCCUUCGGAAGAGGGGCAGCGCUUCUACGAGUCGCUUUCCGACUGGAACACAGAGGCCUCGGCUCUUCUGCACAUACAUGCGACCGAGCGGCUGUUUAGAGCGCGCACAUUCAAUUCGCUCAACUCGGCCACUGUUUUGGGCGGCCACAUUGAGAGACUGCUUCUCGCAGAAAGAUGGGCCCAUCCUAGGGCGCAAAUUGCCGAUGCGCGCUCUGGCCUCCCGCACAAGCAUAAGCUGUCCAGAGUUCACGCGGGCGCUUUGCACUUCCUGGAGGUUUCUUUCCGGCUGAGAUGGAUUUCGGAAAGAAGGGCUGCGGGCCUGUGCAGCAUAGUGUUUGGCAUUUUUGAAAAAACAAAAGACAUCCGGGCGGCCAGAGCGCUUUCCUAUAUAGUUUCGGCGGCUCCGCUGCGCCACAAAGACUGCUGCUCUGUGUACAUAAACAGCAUCCUGUGCCACGUGGCAUACUUGCUAGGCAAUGAGGGCUGCUGCCAAAGCGGGCACUUCUUGCGGUCAGCCUCCAUUGUGGUGCAAAAUCUAAGCGCAUGCAGCAGCCUGCACAUGUUUGGCUUCUCUGAAGUGCUUGCGCUUUUAAACACCCCAAGCCCCCACAGGGCUGCGUCUCUUCUGAGCAAACUCAUCCACACACCUGCCAUUGUAGGCAGCCUGUUUGAGCAGAUCUGUGACAAUGUGCAGAUUCUGGCGCAUGUCGUGCGCGCGCUUUCUCUUGCUGGCCUAUGCGUGCCCGACAGCCUGGCUCCAAAAUACCUCUCUGUGGUCCAAAGCAUAGACGAAAAGACGUGGGAGACUUUGGAGCCCUGCUCCAUGCUUCUUGCAGGCAUACUUCCAGACAGCAUAAAAGCAGUGGCUGCUGCUCAGCUGCUUUCCUGGGCAUGCGAGCGCUUUCCCGCCCACGCACGCCAGCCAUACCUGUACGGGCUCAUUUCGGGCUGCUGCCCCCAAAUACACGCGCGCGCCUUGCUAGAAAGCGCUGCUUCUUCGAUCCUUUUGCAAAUAAACAGCUGCAGCAGCAUUGGAGAAGCAUACAGCGCACUGUCUGCUGUGGUCAUGCGAGCGUUGUCUCUUGACAGUCAAUUUGAAGAUGCGCCAGUGUUCUCAGAAAUUGUGUUUAGCUUUUCCACGUGGAUAGGCGCGGCUGAGCCGGCUUCUCUCCCCAGCAUAUACGCGUUUGCGCUAAAAGCGAACAGGCAUGCCUACGGGUGGAAAGAGUGGGACAACGCAGUGCUGGCGGCUGUGCAUAGACUGCCUGCGCUUGCUUCCUCGAAAAGCGCGCACGAGGCUGACCUUGUAGGAGAAAUGUGCUCAUGCCGGAUUUUGGAAAAAGUCGUCAGAAAGCUAAUGCAGUAUGCAGAAAAGAAAAAGAUUCGGCCUUCAGCUGUCCGGUCGCUCCAAGCUCUCUGCGUAAAAGGCAGGCACCAUGCAGCAGUUCUAGGGCAUCUCCACAGGGCAUACAUGUCUGCCAGGCACACAAGCUCCACCGCUAUCCUAAGGUCUGUGGGGCAUGUUCUUGUCGUGUCCACAGAAUGUGGAAUGUCGUGUGUAGACCAUGCCUCUUUGCUUGUUUCGAUGUGCGAGGAAGCGCUGAGGUCGUCGUUUCCUUCUGUAAGAAGGGCAGGGCUUUUUCUUGCCAAGUGUGCUAUAGAAAACUGCUGGGGCUGUGCUGAGGGGUACAGAGUUGCGGUCCAUUUGCUGAACUGCUCAUUUCCUUUUAUUCUUGACCCGAAAGCCGAGGCAGGCUUUUUUGGGGUUCUCCAGGCAUGUGCAGAAAGGCUCACGCUAGAGGUUGUCACGGGGUACAUUUUGCCUGGGAUGGUGCAUACAGACAAAAGCAUCCGGAGCGCGCACAGGAAGGCGUAUGCGCAUGUCACCGGCCAGUGUUUCCAGCGGGAGGGCUCUGCUUCUUUGGACGAGCUCUCUCUCUGCAUGUACAACAGCGGCGCUUUUCGAGAAGUCCGUGAGCAGAAAUAA